AUGCAAACGCGUCUAUGCAAGGAAGAUCAGGAGCCCAUGCUGAAGCAAGAGUUCAGUUUUGAAGACACGCUCAUGUACCAGGAUGAAGAGGAUUAUAGAACAUUCGUCAAAGUCGAGAACGAGGAAUAUAUAAAAGAGAUGCUAGUGUCUGAGAGCCGGCCACAGGCACCUCCAAUUCCAAGGCAGAGAUGGCGUGAUAAUGCUGUUGUUACCAUCGAAAGGCAGCCUGAAUAUGACAGAGUUUUUCAAGCCAAACAUACAGGAGAAGCUGGUGUCAUCAUUGAUCCCUACAAUCCCCAACACUACUGUGCAAUGUGCGAGAAGACUUUUUCACACCAAGCUAAAUUCCGUAGACAUGUAAGAAUGUCGCAUUCUUUGUACGUGAAAUACUUCAAGUACCCCCAUGCAACCAUCGAUCCUAACAAUCCCCAGAACUACUGUGCAAAGUGUGGCAGGAGUUACCCUGACAGUUAUUUCCAUGUACACUUAAGAAAGCAGCACGGCUUACACGUAAAAAAACCCAAAUCAACUGAUGCUACAAGCAAGCCUUACGCCCGUCAAAACCAUCGUGGCUCCCAGAAGAAGAGAAACGCAAAAUACUUUGCACACCCUUAUGCAAUCAUCAAUCCCAACCAUCCCCAAAACUACUGUUCAAAGUGCGGCAAGACCUAUCACAAGCAAUACUUUCGUAAACACUUGCGGAUUAUCCACGGCCUACAAGACAAAGAUUUCAAGCCUCGUCUUGCAACUAGUAAGCCUCGCGUUCCCAGAAACCACCAUGACUCUCAGAAUGACAGCAUGGCCAAACGCUCCAAGCAUCCUCAGGCAGACACUAAUCUUCUCAAGCCUCUGCAGUACUGUGCCGAAUGCGAUCACACCUAUCCAACCAUAUCCAGCUUCCGUGUGCACUUAAAAAGGGCGCAUAGUAUAAAAACACCAUUAGUCAAAUACCCAAAUGCCGAGAUCGAUAUAUUCCACCUUGACAACUAUUGUGCAAAAUGCGAUAAAAAGUAUGAAGGUGCGAGGUUGUUUUUAAAUCAUCUGCAAGAUAGCCAUAUGUCGACAUUGUACAAUAUCCGAAGCUCUGUAGAUGUAUCCAAGAAGCGCGAUCCAGCAUACUACUGCCCCAAAUGCGAUCGCUAUUACACAGAGGAAAUCUUCAAACAACAUUUCACAAAGCACCGUAGAAUGUCAAAAUUCGUCAAUAUAAACCCGGAUGCAGAGAUUGAUUUGAAUAGCCCUGACUUUUACUGCUCUAAAUGUGAACGCCAUUUCAGCAAUCAGCCUACUUUCGGACGUCAUGUAACUUUCGAGCAUGGCUUGGGCCAUGAAUGGAAUCUUGCGAAGAAACAGAGACAGAUUAAGUUUCCUAACGCCCAAAUUGACUUUUUCAACCCUCACGGCUAUUGUGCUAAAUGUGACAAAAAGUUGUUGGGCAGGGACGGUUUAUGGGCACAUACAGUUACUGUUCAUGCUUUAUACCCCCCGUCAGUCGGUGGGAAAUCCUUAAAGCUUGGUGCAUGCAAUUUACGCAAUGGCAAGGAACUCACUCCCCUAUUCCGUUAA